CAGGCUUUGAUUGGUGUUCUACCGUUUCCGGUGGGAAGACGUCCAAGCGCCUGUGAAGAAUAAAGAGUAACAGUCGCCGCCGCUGAAUAACGGAAUAACGCAGAAGCCGAGUCGCGUUUUAAAGGCUCGGUAAGGAAUAACGGUCAUAUUUACUCGCGCGGCGUCUGUGAUUAUCGGUCAAAGGUCAGAUCCAGCGUUCAGCAUGGCGUCAGGCAGCGUGAGCAGCGAGGAGGAGAAGAGUCUGAGGGAGUGUGAGUUAUAUGUGCAGAAACACAACGUCCAGCAGCUGCUGAAGGACUGCAUCGUGCAGCUGUGCACCUCACGGCCCGACAGACCCAUGGCCUUCCUCAGAGAAUACUUCGAAAGGCUGGAAAAGGAGGAAGCCAAGCAGCUCUUAAACCAGCAGAAGGCCAGCUCUCGCUCAGACUCUCGUGAAGAUGAGGUGUCUCCUCCCAUGAACCCGGUGGUGAAGGGCCGCAGGCGGAGAGGAGCCAUCAGCGCUGAGGUCUACACCGAGGAGGACGCCGCCUCCUACGUCAGGAAGGUCUGUGUUUCUCCCAGUGACGUAAUGUCUCAUGUGUUGGGCUCCAUUGGUCAAUCGGUCGUGUUCUCUGUCUUCUCUGUGAAGGUCAUUCCUAAAGACUACAAAACCAUGGCUGCUCUCGCCAAAGCCAUCGAAAAGAACGUGCUCUUCUCUCAUCUGGACGACAAUGAAAGAAGUGACAUAUUUGAUGCCAUGUUUCCAGUCACCUACAUCGCAGGAGAGACUGUCAUCCAGCAAGGUGACGAGGGUGAUAACUUCUAUGUCAUCGAUCAGGGUGAAAUGGAUGUGUAUGUGAACAGUGAGUGGGCCACCAGCAUCGGGGAGGGCGGCAGCUUCGGAGAGCUGGCUCUGAUCUACGGCACCCCGAGAGCCGCCACCGUCAGAGCCAAGACCAACGUCAAGCUCUGGGGCAUCGACAGAGACAGCUACAGGAGAAUACUGAUGGGGAGCACACUGAGGAAGAGGAAGAUGUACGAGGAGUUCUUGAGCAAAGUAUCUAUUUUAGAGUCUCUGGAUAAGUGGGAGCGUCUGACCGUGGCUGACGCUCUGGAGCCGGUGCAGUUCGAGGACGGCCAGAAGAUCGUGGUUCAGGGAGAACCGGGGGACGAGUUCUUCAUCAUCCUGGAGGGAUGCGCAGCUGUUCUGCAGCGCAGGUCAGAGAAUGAGGAGUUUGUAGAGGUCGGCCGGUUAGGACCGUCAGACUACUUCGGUGAGAUCGCUCUGCUGAUGAACCGCCCCCGUGCAGCUACCGUGGUUGCGCGCGGCCCGCUCAAAUGCGUCAAGCUGGACAGGCCGCGUUUCGAGCGUGUGCUGGGACCCUGUUCAGACAUCCUCAAACGCAACAUCCAACAGUACAACAGCUUCGUGUCGCUCUCCGUCUGAGACGCUUUACCGCAGGGUCCACCUCACCAUCUAGUUUCUCAUUUACACGCAUUCCCUCACGCAUUCAUUAAGUGCUUCCCAUGCGACGGUCACGUCAGCCGAGAGCUUUAACAGCCGCUUUCAUCGUCAGACAUUCAGAGCCAAAUGAAAGGCCAGACAAUCAAACGUACGUUCCUCCAAUCAAAUCACAGCCUUUACUCUGCAGUGUUUUUACCUUUAAUUCCGAGCAGUAAAUGAAAACGACAUGAAUAUAUUUAUAGUAGAGUUAUCCUAAAAGCGUUUUGAAUUCCUAGUUUUCUAAGGUGAACUGACUACAUAUAUAACAGAGUGAUGUUUGGCUGUACUGGUUAUAUUCUUUAGCCUUACUGCCUCAUUUC